ACAGCUGAUAUUAAUCUGCAUUUAUCGACUGGUGCAAUAUAUGUGUUUGUUUACGAAUGUAUUUUACACACCACGUGGAACGUUAUUGCAAUUAUUACAAUCAAUAAUCAAGCGAGUCUCGAUUUAUAACAAGAGUCAGUAAUAAUUAUUGAAUGCUCGUACGUUGAAAAAAAUGUUAGAGUCGACUAUUCACGCGCUAGCAAAUGGCAGAGUAAUUUUAGCCAGUGGAUCUCCAAGGCGAUAUGAUAUAAUAAAACACUUGCGUAUAAAUGCAGAAAUAAUACCAUCCUUGUACGAUGAAAAUCUUGAUAGAUCCAAAUAUGUCAACCAUGGAGAAUAUGUUCAGGACAUAGCCAAAUACAAAGUGCUCGAGGUAUACGAGCGUUUAAAAGCAGAUUCACCUCCAUUAUUGAUAAUAGGAGCAGAUACAAUGGUGACAAUGGGUGAUGUUAUUUAUGGGAAACCACACAACGAAACAGAAGCUUUUCAAAUGUUGUCAAGCCUAGCGAAUAAGCAACAUGUUGUUUACACCGGUGUGUAUUUGAAAACGCCAAAAGUUGAACUCAAGUUUUAUGAAUUUGCGACUGUAAAAUUUGGAGAUGUGUCCGAGAAACAAAUAAGAGAAUAUAUAAAAACAGGUGAUCCCAUGGAUAAAGCAGGAGGGUAUGGCCUUCAAGGUAUAGGAGGCUGCUUGAUCGAAAAAAUAGAUGGUGAUUAUUAUACUAUAACAGGAUUGCCACUGUAUGCAUUGGCGAAACAUCUGAAUCGAAUAUUUUCUAAUAGUUAAUAAAAAUAAUAAUUUAUAAGAAUAUUAUAUUGAGCUUAGUUGUUGCAGCGCAACUAGUGGUAUCAACUAUUCCCAUAUUUCUAAUAAAUUUUAUUACAUUAACAAUCUCGUAAA